GCUACCAAGGCGGGAGCGGUCGCGCAAAUUGUUUGGGGAAUAAACUUUAUGUUUAUUCGUCAGAGACACCGUUAACUAUUUGUUUGAGUGACACGUCUUGUAUUGUGAAGUGAUUCUGUGUCCGUAGGAUAAAACCUAGAAAUCGCCGAUUACCGUCAUAUAACAAAAAAUAGAAAGGCGGGCAGAAAUUCGUUUCAUCCAAAACAGAAUGUUGCGUUUUGGAUUGCUAUUGUUACUUGUCACAGUAAGUAAACAACUGUCAAUAUCGGACUUUAAUGUACAAAGUCCAGUAAAAAAAGGGGAUGAUGUACUUCUGCAAUGUCGAUAUAAAUUAGAUCAAGGUGAAUCUGAUAAAGCGUUAUUUGUCAAAUGGUGGUUCACCCCCAUGAAUGGCAGCAGCGAUGAUAGAAGCCAAAUCUACCAAAGAAUAGUAGGCCAUGAUCCUGUUUCAAUUCAUCACGAUAUGAAAAUAGUGGAAAAUGACGACAUUUUAUUGCUGAACGUUUCAGUGAAGGACUCUGGAACGUACGAAUGUGAAGUUUCUAAUAUAGAGGAAGUUCGCUUAUAUCGAGAUUUAAUAGUCUAUACAACUGGCAGUGGUGUCGAACUGGAUAUUUCAAGAACGGAAGAUGGUCCCGAUGAAGAUGAAGACGAAGAUGUUGUGAUCAUGUGUUAUGCGACUGAUGUUUCGCCGUAUCCUGACCUCACUGUUACUGUAAAUGGAGACGCUAUAAAUUCGUCAAAGGCUGUAAUAACGAAUCCAGAAGAAUUGUUCGACGUCUAUAGCAACAGUACGAUUAGCGACGACGUGGCCGCCGGAGCUGAGAUUAAAUGCCAACUUUCGUUUCAAGACGUGCAAAUUACAGACGAAUCACUAAUCGUCACCCAAACCUACAGCAGCACUGCUGAGUCUCUGACGGAGAAUUCCACAGAAUUGGUUACUACUACGGAGGCCACUGAAACCGAUAUAUUAAACUCUGGGAAUGGCGUCACACCAUACUGGAUAGUACUUCUCCUUGCACUGUUUGUUUAUUGAAUUGUUUGUAAUAUGAAUAUUAUUAAAUGUUGAAUGUAA